AUGACGCUGUGGAAGAUGUUUCCCCGUGUGACCGCCGCCUCUCCUUUGGCACCCGUAACUCCAGCGACAAAACCCUCCAUCGAGCCAAAUUUGGCAACAAUAAAGAGCUCGCCUCCUGAACCCCCGGAUCCUCCAGAUCCACCCGAUCCACCAUACGCGAGAGAACCCCCAUUUCACUCUCGGGCUUCGAUCUCCACCGUAAAGCUUAGAUCUACUAAAUCUCUUCAACCAGAACAAAACCCUAGCACAAUAGAUCUGUGGAUCUCCGCACAUGAGUUGACGAGAACCAUUGACAGACACCUCUCCCUACCGGCGAGUCUUACUUGCAACGGAUUGACGAGAGGGAUAUCAUCGCACCUUUGUACCAUCGGACGUCACCAAUUCUUCUUAGGUACACCGGACCAUGUCUCCGAUUUUUCCAGCCCCAAAAUCUUCACCUAA